GCCCGCCGGGCGGCCGUGCCCGCCGUGGGUCCCGUCAUUCCGCGGGCGGGCGGCGCGGGGCGGCCACGGGGCUGCCGCCGCCGCCUCCCCUCACUGCAGGCGCUGCCGGCGCGGAGCGGAGCGGGCCGGGCCGGGCCCGCCCGGGCCCGCCCGCCCGCCGCCUCCAACACCGCCACCAUUCCGCCCCUACCUUCCCGUUGCCGGCGGCCCCCAGCUGCCACCAUGCAAGAGCUCAUCGCCAGCGUGGACCACAUCACGUUCGACCUGGAGCUGGCCGUGGAGCAGCAGCUGGGGGCACAGCCGCUCCCCUUCCCUGGCAUGGACAAAUCGGGCGCAGCUGUCUGUGAGUUUUUUUUAAAGGCAGCAUGUGGAAAAGGAGGCAUGUGCCCAUUCAGACACAUCAGUGGGGAAAAGACAGUUGUUUGUAAACACUGGCUACGAGGACUGUGCAAAAAGGGAGACCAGUGCGAGUUCCUGCACGAGUAUGACAUGACCAAGAUGCCUGAGUGUUACUUCUACUCCAAAUUUGGGGAAUGCAGUAACAAGGAAUGUCCAUUCUUGCACAUUGACCCGGAGUCGAAGAUCAAAGACUGUCCCUGGUAUGACAGAGGCUUCUGCAAACACGGUCCCCUGUGCAGACAUCGGCACACUCGGAGAGUCAUUUGUGUGAAUUACCUGGUAGGAUUCUGUCCAGAGGGCCCUGCCUGUAAAUUCAUGCACCCUCGGUUUGAACUGCCAAUGGGAACCACAGAGCAACCACCACUGCCUCAGCCAACACAAACACAGCAAAAGAGGACACCCCAAGUCAUUGGAGUCAUGCAAUCUCAAAAUAACAACAGUGGGAACAGAGGACCCCGGCCGUUGGAGCAGGUCACCUGCUACAAGUGUGGUGAAAAAGGUCAUUAUGCCAACAGAUGCACCAAAGGACACCUGGCCUUUCUCAGUGGACAGUGAAGGAGCAGCAGGAAGGUGCAAGGGAGCUGUUACCACUGAGGAAAGGUUUCUGCCUAGCACAAUGUCUGGAGCUAUUAAUCAGGUUGUUUUUUUAAUGCCAUUACUGAAAGAACUGGUCAGAGGCUGGCUGCUAAGCAACAUUUUUGUAAUUGUUCCCAACUUUUUUUAAGUUUUAACCUUUUUAAAAAUCAAUUUUGGCCUCCGCCUGUGUUCAUUGAGCCCUUAUGAAAGGUAGAUCUAAAAGCCAGUAGAAAAACCAAGCCCUUACUGGUGCAGCACUCCACAUAAACACAUCUUAGGCCAGUGUUUCUUUAAAGUAUUUUCCUUCUGCCACUUCUCUUUGGAGAAUCUGCAGCAUUUCAGCCCUCCCUGUGGAAGCAGGAAGACUGACUGGGAAAACUUAACACUUGCAAUGCCUUCUCCUCAGUGAGGAAGCAGGGAUUCUGCUGUCCUGUAGCUCUUCAAAAGCAAAGUCCUGUUUCCAGGUCAGCCUGGUGAGCUUGUCCUGGUGGCUGGCGAAAGCCCUCACGUACAUCAGGCAGUAAAACCUGUGUCCACUCGCUUUGUUUCUGUGCUUCUUGCUGUACUGAAGGUUAGAAAUCAAUCUUCUGGGAGAGAACUGAUCAGGGGGAGAAUAAAUUGGUAUCUCUCUGGUUAGCCAGACAAUAAGGAACAAGGAUUAUAGGAAAGCUGCAUCUGUGCUCAGUUCCCACUUGCAGAAAGGAGGGACGAGAGCACGGCUUGGAGUAGGAAUAGAAGAGCCUUGUCUCAGCCCCAUCAUCCAGCUCACACUGAGCAGGUAUUCCCACACCAGAGAGCAGGAAGUGGAGCUGUAUAUUCUUAUGGAACACUGCUUUUAAAGUGUUGGUAGAGAUUCCUUCUGAAAGCAUUUUUUUUUUCAACACAAGCCCCAUUUAUUUUGAGAUGACUAUUUCAAAAGGGCCAAUGACAAAAUAUGAAUUAAAAGAAGAAAAAUACCCACAAUGUGAGCCUUAUUGAUUCUACCCCAUCUCUUCAUUUGCUGCCUGCCUUUAUACUUUGUUUUUAUUGAAAUGUACUGAUGGCAAAAGCUGGCUGUGAAUUUAUUUUGCUGGAAGAACAAGGUAAAUGUGGCUGGAUUAAGAGACGUGACCAGAGCCUGU